UCUCAUUAUCAUUAUCGUGAAAGACCGCUCUAAACAGCUUUGUAUCAUGUAUAUGUCUCACAUUAGACCGGUACUUUUCACUUUGGUAGCCUUAUAUUCCAUAGCCACCCUUCUGGAUAACAACACUGUGGUCUGCGUUCCAGUGACGGGAGCGUCUGCUCAUCAAAAUGGUACAUUCAAUAGUACAGUGGAUGACGAUACAUUUCACAACUUUACCAACAUCAGCCCAGAGACCAUAAAAGGUCUAAAAGAUUCUCAGGAUUUAAUAACAGAAGGUGAUAUUUUUGUUCAGAGUGACAGAAAUGCUCGUGAUCGGAUAUGGCCAGGUGUAGGUGGACAUGUGACACUGCCCUAUGUCAUCACCCCAGAGUUGGCUCCCAAGACUAGGGAAAUUCUGUCGGCUAUGAAGAUGAUCUCAGACAAAUGCUGUGUCACGUUCCAUGAACGUGAAGACGAGGAUCACUACAUAAACUUUUCAGCUGCUUCUGGAUGCGCAUCCUACAUUGGGUUCAUCGGUGGAAAACAGGAGGUCGCCGUCGCCCCUCACUGCACCGUGGGCAACAUUUGUCACGAGUUACUGCACACUCUAGGCUUCUAUCAUGAGCAUUCACGAAUGGACAGGGACAGCCACGUCAAAAUAGAGUUCCAAAACAUAGUUAAAGGGGAAGAAAAGAACUUUAAGAAGGUGGACGCAAACACCCUGGAUUUACCUUAUGACCUGGACUCUAUCACGCAUUAUGGAAGUUUGUUCUUUUCCUCCAAUGGACAGCCCACUCUUGUGCCAAAAAAUAGUGUGCAAGACCUUGGCCAGAGGUCACACCUUAGUGAACUUGACGUACAAAGGCUUCGAAAACUAUACAAAUGUGAGUGAAGAGAGAAGUUGGUAAAAGAAAUGAGACCGCGCUGCCUGAACAGCUCACAUGAUCAUGCUGUGAAAUAUUGCCAUGAAACCCCAGAGUGUGGGAGUGUCUAUCAUAAUUCCCUCUGUAUCCUUCUUGGGAGAUUGUCAUGGACAUCGACAUGCAUUCAAUUGUGAAUGUAAUGCUUUGCAAAAAAGUAUUUUCAAAUAAAAGUUUCAAAUGGAA